CAGCAGCCGAGCUCUCAAAUCCUCCCGCCGACCGGCAGCCCUUGCGCGCCGCAGGAAGCCUUAAGGGGGUGGAGCUGUGGGCGGGGCCGCAGGAGCCGGUGCUCGCCGUUCAUUGGCUUCCGCGCCGGAAGUGGCGGUGCGGUCCGGCGGCGCACGCGCGCUCUCACGCGCUGGGCUGCCGGAGCCGGCGGGCACCAUGCUGCGGCUGCUGGCGCGGACCCGGGCGGCCCGCGGCUGUCGCCGCUUCGGUUCGUGCUCGCCGGGCGCCCGCGGCGACGCCGGGGAGGGGCGGGCCCACUUCACCACGCCCAUCUUCUACGUGAACGCCGCGCCGCACAUCGGGCACCUGUACUCGGCGCUGCUGGCCGACGCCCUGUGCCGCCACCGGCGUCUCCGGGUUCCCGGCUCCGCGGCCACGCGGUUCUCCACCGGCACGGACGAGCACGGCCUGAAGAUCCAGCAGGCGGCAGCCGGCGCGGGCCUGGCCCCGAUCGAGCUCUGCGAUCGCGUGUCUGCCCAGUUCCGGCAGCUUUUCCUGGAGGCUGGCAUCUCCUCCACCGACUUCAUCCGCACCACGGAGGCCCGGCACCGGGAGGCGGUGCAGCACUUCUGGCGCUUGCUGGAGGCCCGGGGUCUGCUUUACAAAGGACUUUACGAGGGCUGGUACUGCGCCUCCGACGAGUGCUUCCUGCCCGAGGCCAAGGUCACUCGGCAGGUGGGUCCGUCCGGGGAGCAGCGUCCUGUGUCUCUGGAGAGCGGACAUCCCGUCUCCUGGACCAAGGAAGAAAAUUACAUCUUCAGGCUCUCCCAGUUUCGAGAACCGCUCCAGCGGUGGCUUCAAAACGACCCUCAGGCGAUCACCCCGGAGCCCUUCCACCAGACCGUUCUGCAGUGGCUGGAGGAGGAGCUGCCCGAUUUGUCCGUUUCUCGAAGGAGUAGCCACCUGCACUGGGGCAUUCCGGUUCCCGGGGACGAUUCGCAGACUAUCUACGUGUGGCUGGAUGCCCUGGUCAACUACCUGACCGUACUUGGCUACCCAGAUGCAGAUUUCAAGUCUUGGUGGCCAGCCACAUCUCACGUCAUAGGUAAGGACAUUCUUAAGUUUCAUGCCAUUUAUUGGCCUGCCCUUCUCCUCGGGGCCGGAUUGAGGCCACCGCGUCGCAUCUAUGUCCACUCGCACUGGACGGUGAGUGGCCAAAAGAUGUCCAAGAGCUUGGGCAACGUGGUGGAUCCCAGGGCUUGCCUUGACCGCUAUACUGUGGAUGGCUUCCGCUACUUUCUCCUCCGGCAGGGAGUUCCCAAUUGGGACUGCGAUUACUACGAUGAAAAGGUGGUCAAAUUGCUGGACUCCGAGCUGGCAGAUGCCUUGGGAGGACUUUUAAACCGGUGCACUGCCCACAGAAUAAAUCCUUCCGGGACCUACCCGUCGUUCUGCGCUGCUUGUUUCCCCAGCGAGCCGGGGCUAACGGGGCCGUCGGUUCGUGUGCAGGCGGAAGACUAUGCGCUCGUGAGGGCAGUGGCCACUUUGCCCAAGCAGGUGGCCGACUAUUACGACGACUUUCAGAUUUAUAAGGCUUUGGAGGCCGUAUCCAGCUGUGUUCGGCAAACUAAUGGGUUCGUUCAAAGGCAUGCGCCGUGGAAACUGACCUGGGAAAGCCCUGCGGACGCCCCUUGGCUGGGUACUGUGCUUCACGUGGCCUUGGAGUGUUUGCGAGUUUUUGGAACCUUGCUUCAGCCCGUUACUCCGAACUUAGCCGACAAGCUGCUGUCGAGACUCGGGGUCUCUGGCACAGAGAGAGGCCUUAGAGAGCUCCACUUCCUACCUCGAUUCUAUGGACACCCCUGUCCCUUUGAAGGGAGGGAGCUGGGACCGGACACUGGGCUUUUGUUUCCAAGGCUGGACCAAUCCAGGACUUGGCUAGUGAAAGCCCACAGGACCUAGAGGCUCAGUCCGUAUACUGGCUGAUGGGAAAAGAGCCAAUGUAUUCUUGCAUUUUCAGGAAAGUUAAAGUCGUGUUUAGGAAGCAUUGUAUCAGAUGAGAACCUAAACCUCCCGAGUCCUUAAGAGCCAUUCAGGUACCAUUGACAACCCACCCUUUUCAUUUCUCGGUGCCACUAACCACUGUUCCUCGUUUGCCAGUGUCUCUGAGGAGGCUGGUUGAGGAAGGGACCAGUUUCUGAUACUGUUCCUUCUCAUUGUGCCUUCUCCCAAACCAUGGCCUAGACCGGCGCUCAUGGCUGCUGCUCCCCAGGCUGAAACGAGGGUCGCAGACCCUGGCCGGCGUGCACAGGUCAGCCCUGCUCUGCUAGACACGGCGGGUCUCCGGUUAAAGUGAUUCUUUCCCUAGGGCUUUAGGAGCCUGUGUUCUUGCCCAUGUUCAUUCUCAGUUGUGCUUUGUAGUACUACACUUCGUCCAGUAGAUGGCGCUGAUCUCACACAUUCAACGCGUUAGGAGCCUGGCUUCAGACAUCUAAGGUCACAGAGCUUCAGAAUUUUACUGUUUCCUUAAAGGAUAACUUUGGAACCACUGCUAUUUAACAACACAAAGAUACUAGAAUUCUCAUCUUGAAAUUACUAAAAAUGACAUGUACAAUAAGUUAAAUAUAACAGGUUAUUUAUAUGAUAAAACCAUAAAGCCCUUUAGGUACACUGUAUUACAAGUAUUAAUUUUAGUAAUGAUUAUAUGUAUAAUUCAUCUGUGUGUGUUCUCUUUAUAUUUCCUGACUUAUUCAUAAUUUACCUCAUACGAUUGCUUUUGAUAUAUAUCAAAGGAUAUAUAAUACAAUAUUGAAAUUAUGUAAUUGUUAAUAUAUUUAUGUCAAAUUAUUUUUUGUUCAUUACUUCUCUUUUUGAGACAGGGUUUUAUUAUAUAGUUUAAGCUUGCCUCAAAUUUAUCAGUCUCUUGCCUCUGCCAUUCAGGUGCUGGUGAAAGGUGUGUCACCAUGCCUGUCUUUUCCUUUUAACUUGUUACUAAAGUUUGAUUGUGAACACCGUAUUUAGAGUUAUUGAGUAACAUUUAUUGAAGGAAAUAUUGGAGGGAGAAAAUGAUGGGUGUUCAGGAUGUCAGGGAUUCAGGGCUUUCUCCAGCGCUCUUAAAAGAGACCCCAGAGGAGAAGUUAAAGUAACCAUUGUACAGUGAGCAGAACAUAGUGGGCCCUUGCUCCUUCCGGGGAUGGGUUGGCGAGGCCACGGUUUAGAACGCAAGCUUGCUUCCCAUGUCCAUUCUGAGGAUGGGAUCAGGCAGAGAGGGCUCGCCAGGAAGUAAGCGAUUGUGCUGGCAGCUCCUCCCAGACCUAAUGCCAUUCAGCACUGGUGUCGCUUAGUAAAGCCACACGCUCAGAAGCACUGUUUGGAAAAGAUGCGUGCAGGCAUUCUAAAGGUGGAAGGACCGUUUCCACAAGUGUUCCUUUGGACUCCUUGUACAAUUUGUGCUUUAGAUUGUUCCAGCGUCCAGAGGACUGGGGCCAGUAGGGUAGAUUUCUGGGGUACAGACAGCAUCUCUUAGGGCUGCACAGUGAUGCGACUUAGCUUGUGUUUCCCUAAAAGGAAGGCGUAGAGAAGCCAGUGACAUUCCGGCCUCUCCUUUGGCGAGCCCUUACUGCAGUACUGUGUAGACGCAUCGUGUCUCCCAUGGGAGAGCUUCCUUAUACCCUAGCAGCUCGGCUUGCUGUCAGUGCAGCUUCUGCAGACUGACGUGUGAAGGCAUUUAACUAUCUGCUAGACACUAGGAGACAGGACAGAAAAGAGACGGCGUGAUUACAGUAGCCAAGCAUCUAAGGGGAAGAGUGUGUAAACUGAAUCCUAGUCUGUGGUGACAGCAAGGUCAACCAGAUGUCUGGAUAGGCACAGCAGAUAAAACAGCCUCCAUUGCACAUGGUUGGGUCUGGCUUGACACAGCAGUUUAGAAUCACCAAGUGGAGAGUUACCUUUAAGGAGGGUUUGUACUUCCAAGGUGAGAGGCUGGCGGGCAUCUUAACCUCUCUUGGAGAAGGGAAUCGAUUUUUUUUUUAAAUCUCAAAAUGCUCUUGUGAGUCUCAAAUACUUAUUUUGGUGUGCUCUUGGAGGCAGUAUUGGAAGUGCUAGAUCAGGCUUUCCAGGAAGCCGGGGCAUACAGCUUAGUGGUGGAGCACUUACUGGGCAUGGAAGGCCUGGGCCAGUCCCGGUACUGCUAAGCAAACACCAGCAGCUCUCAACUUUCCACACUUCUCUCUCUGUGGAGUCAUAAGCGGCAGCAGGAGACGUUUAUGACUGUAUACUACAAAUAGACGGGGCACGUUCCUAACUGGAAAACCCAUGGCUGGAGAAGCAGCAAUGACACAAUCUUUGAUUGCACCAAAACCUCAAGUCAUUUUAUAAAUAGAUGUUUUUCUUGUGAACCCCUGGGCUUUAAUAGGUGUGAAGAGGCUAACAGACUACGGAGUUGACGCCAAAGCGUCUAAGUGCGCAGGCUGGAAGAUGGACCCCUGAGCCCAGAUUUGUUUGGUGGCUUUGUUUUGGUCAAGCUUCCACCUGUAGAAGCAGAGCUCUUGAGCUCCAGAACUUGCCACGCUGGAGUAGGCACUUGCUGACCGUGCUGUAAACGGGUGACCCAGGACCCAGGAGGUGAGAGCAUAGAUCACAGGAGGGAUGGCUGCACGGUUCUGACUGCUCUACAGCUGCCAAGUAGGGAGUGGCAAUGUUAGGCACAGGUGUCACCUUGAAUUAUGGGGGAGGUGGCCUCGUAGAUGAGAGGGGAGCUCGGCUGCUUUGUGAAGCCAGUUUCCCCCUUCUCGAGUUCCGCCGAGGAAGCCUCUUGUGGUGGUUCUGUGCGUUGGAGACUCUGCUGGAUACUUACCCAAGUGUCAGGAGGAUGGAGAUGUCACUGCAGCCACGUGUGUUUUCGCAGCAAAGUUCUCCUAGUUCGAGGGUGGGGGGACGGCUAGGGUCAGGUUGGGGUGCUCAAGAACAGACUGUACAAGAAGCCUCCAGCUCUCCCCAGAACUUUCCGCGUGCAGUGGAUCCUGUCCCUUCUGCUGGAGCUUGGAUAGGACGGUGAACUGAAGGUUUUCUUUGUGCUUGUGUCUAUGUAAGGAUGAGGGUGGAGUGAGGAGGGGUGGGCAGAAGGUGGGGUGAGCUGUGCCCUCUCUGCUCCCUGGAGUCAGUCUCUGCAGCACCGAGUAAGCCAGGCUUGCCGGCCUUCUGUUUCUGGGAUUCUCCUGUUUCUAACCAGCCUGGUCACAGACCAAAGCAAGACGGUUCCGUGAACUGUUAGUCCAGAGCUUGGGCUGGAAUCCUUUGGGUAGGAGGCGUGGCCUUGUGGAGGAAGUGCGUCAUCAAGGGUGGACUGCCAUUCCCAGUGUGCUCUCUGCCUCCUGCCUGUGGAUCAAGCUGUGAGCUCUCGGCUGCUGCCCAAGCCUAACUCCACCAUCUAACCCUCCGGUUCACGGUGUCUCAUCACAGCAAUA